UCACCUCCUUCCUUCUUCCUCCUCUGUCUCCCCUCUCUUUGUCCUUCAUCACUCUCCUUCCUCUCACAGUAGAGAGAGAAACAGACUUUUUAGAGAGGGAAAAUUCUCACAAAAUCAAAUUCCUUUUUUUCCUUUUUUAUUUUUUUUAUUUUUUCUCUUUGUAGAUUAUUUUUAGAGAAAUAAUAUUUUCUGUGUCAUAAUUUAAAUCUUUUUCCCCCCAUUUUGUAAAAUUAUUAGAUCUAAUUUCUGCAAUCAUUUCCUAAAAAUGACGACUUUUUAGCCUACAAAAAAAUUUAAAAUAAAAAACCCACAAAAAAAAAAUUCAAUUUUUUCUUCCUAAUUUUAGUAGUAGAUCUAUCAAUUUCUAUAUUUAGGAUGAAUUAUUUCCCAGAAGAAGUAUUAGAGCAUAUCUUUGAUUUUGUAACAAGCAACCAAGAUAGAAACUCAGUAUCAUUAGUCUGUAAAACAUGGUUUAAGGUAGAGAGAGAAAGCAGAUCUCAAGUAUUUAUAGGAAACUGUUAUGCAAUUAACCCAGAAAGAUUAAUAGGGAGGUUUCCAAGAUUAAGGGUACUUACUAUAAAAGGAAAGCCUCAUUUUGCAGAUUUUAACUUGGUGCCUCAUGAUUGGGGAGGGUAUAUAUACCCUUGGAUUGAGGCACUUGCUAAGGGAUGCCCUUCACUUGAAGGACUUAGGUUGAAGAGGAUGGUUGUUAGUGAUGAAAGUCUUGAGCUUUUGUCUAAAUCUUUUUUGCAUUUUAAGUCUUUGGUUUUGGUUAGUUGCGAAGGCUUCACUACUGAUGGUCUUGCUGCUAUUGCCUCUAAUUGCAGGUACCUGAGAGAGCUGGACUUGCAGGAAAAUGAGGUAGAUGAUCGCAAGGGACAUUGGCUAAGUUGUUUUCCUGAGAGUUGCACAUCGCUUGUGUCCCUCAAUUUUGCAUGCCUCAAGGGUGAAGUAAACCUUGCAGCCUUAGAGAGGCUGGUAACAAGGAGUCCAAAUCUUAGGAGUCUCAGGUUAAACCGUGCUGUUCCUUUUGAGACACUUCAGAAGAUCCUCACCAAGGCACCUGAACUCUCAGACUUGGGCACAGGAUCAUUUGUCCACGAUCCGAAAUCCGAGACCUACAAUAAGCUCAAGACUGCCAUUUCUAAAUGUGAAUCUGUUAGGAGCUUAUCAGGUUUCUUGGAGGUUUCUGAUCGCUGCCUUCCAGCUUUUUAUCCACUUUGCUCAAAUUUGACUACUUUGAACCUCAGUUACGCACCUGGAAUUAGUGGUUUUGAGUUAACGCAGCUAAUCCUUCAUUGCAAGAAACUCCAACGCCUGUGGAUAUUAGAUUGCAUUGGAGACAAGGGGCUUGCUCUUGUUGCAGAAACUUGUAAAGAAUUGGAAGAGCUAAGAGUUUUUCCUUCUGACCCAUUUGCUCCUGGGGAAGCUGCUGCUGUGACGGAGGAAGGGCUGGUUGCGAUAUCAAGUGGCUGUCCAAAGCUUAAUUCAGUCCUCUACUUUUGCCACCAAAUGACUAAUGCUGGGCUAAUAACCGUGGCAAAGAACUGCCCAAAUUUCACCCGAUUCAGGUUGUGUAUCCUAGACCCAAUAAAACCUGAUGCGGUGACAGGGGAACCUUUAGAUGAAGGUUUUGGGGCAAUUGUUCAAUCAUGCAAGCGGUUGAAGCGAUUAUCGAUUUCAGGACUCCUGACUGAUGAGGUAUUCAUGUACAUUGGGAUGUAUGGGGAACAAUUAGAAAUGCUAUCUGUUGCAUUUGCUGGAGAUAGUGAUAAGGGGAUGAUUAAUGUGUUAAACGGGUGCAAGAAGCUGCGUAAGUUGGAGAUUAGGGAUUGCCCCUUUGGAAAUGUGGCACUUCUAACAGACAUUGGGAAGUAUGAAGCAAUGCGAUCCCUUUGGAUGUCUUCCUGUGAAGUAACCUUAGGGGCUUGUAAGUUGCUUGCGAGGAAGAUGUCACGGUUGAACGUGGAGAUAAUCGAUGAGAACGAGCAAGGGGAUUUCAAUCUCGAUGAUGACAGGCAGAAAGUAGAAAAGAUGUACCUAUAUCGAACUUUGGCCGGUCCACGAAAAGAUGCACCAGAGUUCGUAUGGACCUUGUAGUUUUUAUCUUUUAUCUCUUUAGUUUUGGAUUCUUUUUCUUGUAUUGCUGCUUUUGUUUUUCUUAGGAAAACUGCUUUACGGACUUGUAGAAUUAUGGUCGACUUACUUUCUCCAAAUUGAUGGGCAAUCCUAAUAUUUUGCAUCUUCUA